CUUCAUUGGGAAUCAUGAUAAAAUAACCCUUAAACUUCGCACUCCAUGAGAUGUUAUUCCAAUUGAUUGACUGUGUUAUUACCUGAGAAAUAAAGGCCAAAACUACAAGACAACAUUAACACUACUUGAAAAGACGGCAAAAUCAGCGAUGUCAUGCGGCCGCUUGACAGAGACCGAUAAAGAGCAACUGGAGACAUGGAUCGGCGGCAGUCCGAAGAAGUUCACGCUCUUGUACAGCUUCACUAACGACGGCUGCGACGUGGCCACAUUCCACCAGAAAUGCAACAACCAGGGGCCCACGGUCACCGUGCUCUAUAACCCAAAGGGGUCUGUCUAUGGAGGGUUUGCAAGUGUUGGCUGGGAAAGCUCAUAUACCUGGUCUGUGGAUAAUGCCGCCUAUCUCUUUCAGCUGAAGUUUUCAGGUUUAAGGAAAUGUAAUAGGUUUCCGGCAAAACCGGGCUGUAACACUGUGAUCUCGAGUCCAGAUCAUGGGCCUGCGUUUGGUCCUGGGGGUUGUGAUUUAAAUCCAUUCUGCUCAAAAGCGCCGUGUUUGAAUGGCAUUUUUAAACUUAAUGGCAAUAUGAAUACAUUUGGCACAAACUUCGACACUGCUGGCCUUCAAUCAGCGGAUAUCAAUAACGGCACUAUGGACGUCACCGAGCUGGAAGUGUAUAAAGUUACAGAUGGCGUUAGACUCAAGACGGUGGAGACACAGACGGAACAAUGCUGCCUGGAGUCCGCGAAGUUUUGGAGGAAAACGCCGGACUGGAACCAAAAGCUCGCCGAGUUAUUAUGUAAAGAACUGGGGUGCUACCAGGGCCCGGUGGAAUCAGCGCCCGGCGAUGUACGUAUUCUCUUGCUAGGGCCUGUAGGCUCGGGGAAGUCCGGCUUCGUUAACACUGUCCAGUCGGCCUUUUCCGAAAGGCUCCGACAGAUAGCGCAGGUUGGAAUCGGCGAGAACAGUUUUACCACGCAGUACAAGCCCUACAGGCUACGGACAAGGUCAGGCGCCAACCCAAACAUCCGGCUUUGUGACAUCCCGGGGGUAAGGCGGGGAUGGGGCCUAGACGCCACAGAACUGGGAUUUCUUCUGGAUGGCAACAUUCCGGAACAUUACACAUUCCAUCCGAGCGUGCAUUGCUCGACCCGGAGUCCGGGUUUUGUGUGCAAGCCUCCCCGGGGCCGAGAGGUUCACUGUGUGGCCCUGGUGGUUGAUUCAGCACCGGAUAUGGAUGCCGAGACUGCUGAUUGGCUGAAGACAUUCACACGCAUCGUCAAUGAGAGAAGCAUUCCUCUCGCAAUUUUGCUGACCAAAAUUGACCUUGCAUGCCCGACACUGGCCGAGGACCUUUCUGGUGUAUUUAAAAGCCAGGUAAUUGAAACAAAAGUUAACAAAGCGUCGUCAAUAUUUGGAGUCCCGAGAAACAAUGUCUGGCCCGUGAAAAACUACGAGAACGAGGCUUGCGUUGACGAUGACGUCACUAUUCUAUCGCUACUCGCACUGCAGCGAUUGGUCCAUUUGGCGGAGGAUUACAUAGAGGGACAGGAAAUCGGUAUCACAGAGCGGGAUGAGGAGGGAAACGGCAGGGAUCACGCUGGGGAAAUCGUAGAGUCAGAUACUGCAUAAGUUAAAGGCGAUGAGACUUAUUUUAUGUUGCGACUGAUGUGUUUGCUGAUUUGCAUGGUAAUAUUACGGUUUGAAUGGUGUAAGGUUCAUGAGACUGGCCAGAGCCAGGGUUUCAAUGAGUUUUACACUGCAUAUGAAUGUCAUUCAUUCUCGUACCAAUUAUACGACGAAUCACCUGGACCUUCAUGUAGUCAUAAAGCAUUAUUUUUAGGGACUCCAUCAUACACUGGUUGUAUAGAAUCUGGUUUGUAGUUUAGUUUAAGUGAUUAUCAUGCUCAAAGAUUUUCCAACGCUUGGAUACACCUUUCAAAAAAGUGUUUAUUAGAUGCAAUUUUAACACGUUUGAUAUAUGAUAUUAUCAGAGUUUUUGUACUGAAUUAUAGUAUGUAACCCUAACCAUAUAUACAUUUAUAUUGUAUAUAUAUAUAUAUAUAUAUAUCAAAAUCUAACCUUAUACAUAUCCGUAUUUAGAACAUAGUAUCGAACUUCCUUUAAAAAGCGGGGGGAGGGGGUGACAUUCACAUUGAUGAAAGUAACUGUACGUUUCACUCAGUACAUUUAAGUCACUAUCAUUAAAAGAGAAACAAUAUAAGUGGAGACUGUCUGUUUUUGUUGAGUAGAUUAUGAAGUUAAGUAUAAAUUGUUCAAACUUUGUAAAGCAAGGACUCAAGAAACCUAUGUGUAUAGAUGUUUCACCAUUACUUUAAGGCAAUAUUCUGCACUUUCUUUAGGUGAUAGUGUAUCUUGUCAACCCGAGGGAACACUGUCGACCAAGACUUUUCAAAAAAAACCUAUAUUUAUAUAAUAAACUCUGUGACCUUUGGUCUUAUUUGUU